AUGCCCGCUGUCAAUCUCCCCCAACAGCAGACCCAUGGCGACGUCUUCUUAUAUCCGCCAGGGUCCCAGCUGCGGCUCUUAUCUAGAGCCACUCUCACCUACGUCGGAUUCGUAGUCCUCGGUGUGCUAUUCCUCGCAUUCAAGAGGAGAUAUAACUCUACUUCUCGAGCCCAUAUCAAACAGGUCGAUUUUACAACAUCUACUCUUCCAAGCCUCUCGUAUUCGGAGAAAUCACGUAGAGUUAACCUCCAGAGCGAAGCCAUGUCUGUCAACCAACCAUCGGGGGUCUCUCAAACAAAGAUGGCUGGAAAGUUGAGUGAUGGAGGGAAACAGCAUACUCAGGAUGGCCCUAAAGAGGAGGGCACGGAAGAAGGCCUCCAGGAAGGUGUGGUGUCUUCUACCAGCAUAGAUACAGGCACGCCGCUUACUUUCAUGUCUGGUCUGCUGCCACCGCCGCUAACAGCACUUCCUGUCUCAACAGAAGUCAACAAUUUUCAAGAUCGUCGGCUCAGCAUCGCCGCAUCCACUAUGGGUGAUCUAGAUACUAGCUUCUUCCAUCAGCCAAACCCAGACUACACUUUGUCGCCCUCGUCAGAUUCAACGUCGACCGCAUUCACCCACAGCCAAGAAUCACCUUCCAUCCCAAGAAGAAGAUCCUAUGCAAAAAUGUUACCUCUUAGUCCGGUUCAUACUAACUCGGAGAGCGAUGGCUUGUCCUUCUCGCCGAGUUCGUUCCCAUCGUCGAGUCCCAUCUUGCCACUCGCGCCACAUGAGUCACUCGAGUCAAGGGAGAUUAACGUUCAAGGUGAAAUUAUCUCGGUAAUGGACGAUUCAGGUGCCGAGUGGAAGCGACAUACGCGCGUCUACGGUGGAGGCGUUUGCUUAGCUUGCCUCGCUUCUAGGGGCCAAGGGGGGUUUUACGGCGAUAAUGUUCCCCCUGAGCACCGUCGAUAA